CUGUCAUUUCUCGUUUCUGGCUUACACAUUACACAUGAAAAUGGUUAUUGAUACAUCUACGUCUAUAAAGAUAGCACUGUUUUAGUACUAGAGCGGCCGUUUCAUUCGUAUUAUCUUGGUGCAGUAGCAAAACUGCUUGUAAUGGAUGAAAAGGAACCAGAUUUAAAAAUAUUUGAAGCCGAAAAGCAACUGAAACAGACUAGCGAUAUGGAAAGAAAACACGGCACCGCCUACACUAACUACCUCAAUUCGUUCAUCAAGGUGGAGGACAGACGGUAUCUUCCCAAUGAUAGUGUAGUGCUCCGCCAAGUGCCCUUGAGAGCCGCAGUGGGCACGAUGGUGAUGACACCUUCCCAGUUCAACGAGGUGCACCUUCCUACCCUGGGAAAGUUCAUCUAUUUCAGCGAUAAAAGUGUCGCUAACGACCCGCUGACCAUGGCUCUUGCUGAGCGCGAGAAGCUAAAUGUAUCGAAAACGCUGUCGACCAUCAUCUUUGUGAGCACACGUGACUCCAAGGGUUUUUGUGUGUCGGGCUACAUUGACUUGGAGCAAAGCUUACGUUGCUUCCAGGGCGCUGGGGUCAAGGGUCACCCUUGGGCAGAUAUUUUCGCCGGCCGCCGUCGCCUAGAACCCAAUCAACAGGAUCUGAGCUUCAUCACUUGGAACAAUGGCAAGGUCUUUUACAACGACUCCGAUAACUACAAGAUUAUUCCGGAUGCCGUCAAGGGCCUAUGUUUCUUGUACAAGGGCGAUGGCUCUCUGCUCACUAUUGAAAAAUAUAUUACCGACGAGCAUCCACGAUGCAAAUUUAUAGAGUCGCCAAAACAUGGAUCGACUGUCAUUUACGAUCAUCGUAUACGACGGAAGAUGUGAUUGAAAUGUUUAACAAACAAAGUGGACCAACAAAUCGGAUUUUUGUUUGCCGCCAUAGCAAAUUAAAAGUGAAAUAUGAAAGUCUUUUUCAAUAAUUCACCGACUGUCCUAUACAAUCAUCGUAUAUGACGGAAGAUGUGAUUGAAAUGUUUAACAAAGUGGACCAACAAAUCGGAUUUUUAUUUGCCGCCAAAGCACAUUUAAAGUGAAAUAUAAAAUAUUUUUUUUAAAUAAUAAUACAUGCAGUUCCGCUAGAUAUUGUACACAAAAGCACUUCAAAUGGCCGAUCCUCAAAAUAUUUGGCACGCAAUCGAGAAGAGGAAAAACAAUCGAGCGGAGGAAGUGGCGAACGGCCGGCCAGACUGUCUGAUGCCGCCGACGUCAUGGACAAGCGCCGCAAAGCAUCCGGAGAGCACGUUGCGUAUACGAGAUGUGGGAUGGGCUCGCUCUCGACGACUGGAGAGAGUUCGCCGGCUGAGAUCCCAUUCUUGGCUGUGCCACUCGGUCCGGCAGUCAAUUCAGUAGGCGUGCGGAGCGCUCCAAGACUGGCUGCUUCCGUUGCGUGAAAAUAAAUUCCUAAGAAUA